CCAGGUCUGCCUAGCAUAGCUGUUGCCUGGAUAGUUUGUCUUGUACGAAGAAGCAAACUGAUUAUCGAUUGGCACAACUAUGGAUAUACCAUAAUGAGUCUGACUCAUGGAACAAGUCAUCCAAUUGUGAACAUUGCAAAGUGGUUUGUAUAAAAGGUUUCUUUUUCUUCCCCUCUUACAAAACAUGUAGUUUUAUAGAAUUAAAAAAAAAGUGGAAAGCAGCAAAUAAGAAGUAGAAAAAUAAAGUUUCUUUAAAGAGGUGAUAUGUAGAGUCCAAACUAACCUACACUUCCUUUCAGAAAGGGUACUGUGUAGAAUUAAAUAGAGAAUGCCUUUUCUCUAGAGAACUUAAUAGAACAUUUGAUUCCUGCUACAUUCUGUAAGAUGAUCCCAGAAAGCUAUAGAAAUGAUAUAUUCCUGUAUUAAAAAGCAUUUUGGAGUAAUUUCUGUUAAGUCCUAUUUGUUUAAUCCCUAUUGCAUUCUAUAGGAUUUGUCAUACGGUUUAAAAAUGGUUAUUAUCUGGUAAGGGAUAUUGUCUAGCUAUGUAUAAAUAACAUACUUGUGUAUGAGCAUAUCAAUAUUCAUACAUGUUUAUGGAGUAUACACACAGUUGUAAAAUGUCUAUUUAUUUCUGAAUCUGAGUGUCAUGGUAUUCCAAAACGCUGCAGUUGUUUCUGUAAUGUAUGAACUAUAUGUAAAUAGAGAGAGAGUGUAUAGUAACUUGGGUUUCAUUACAUGUGUUGGAGUGAUAAAAUAGUAAAAUCCCUCUAAUCCAGCAUGAGUGGGGAAUGGGGUGUGCCGGGUAUCUAAAAGUGCCGGUUACCUGAGGAGCGUGGGUUUCCAGAUGGACGCGGAGCGGGGAGGAGUUGACUGCUGCAUGCAGAGCGGCAGCAGCGCAGGGUAGUGGGUGGCAGCGGCAGCGUGUGAGCUUCCCUCUCCACCACCCCGCUCUCAUCCAGCUGGAAAUUCCAGUUAGUAGAGUGUUCCCGAUAGUAGAAUGCCGGAUAACAGGGAUUUUACUAUAUUCUGUUUUAAUUCCUUGUGUAUUUCAGUUUCUCAAAUUUGAAUAUAAUCUGCUUCUUGCCCUGUUUGUUUUGCCUAGCUCCUUUAUAUGUAUAUUGAACAUUUUGGGCUAGUUUCUGUUCCAGCAUGUCAGAAUCUAAGAGGUAUGUAGGCAUCCAAGUGUGAACCCUAGUCUACCCUACUCAAGUCCCUGAAAAACUAGUAAAGGAAAAGGUGAGUGGCCCCCUCCAUGUUUUCUGACUUGCUCUGAAGAUUAAGGCCUCAUACAGACAUUUAGUUUCUUCUCAGAGAGUCAGUGUUCUCCCAGGAGAAACUAUGAAUGUACAGAUGUUCACGCUUUUUAUCCCAGAGUAAAAAUGGCCACUUCAGGAGAAGCAUAACCUGGGAACAGCCAGGGCUAAAUCAUUCCCAGGAGAAUUUCUCAUGGGAGAGCGAAUGUCUGUAGAUGCUAUGUUUUCUCUCAAAAGGGAACAUAGUCCUUCAGUAUAAUUCCCCCUCACUCCCGCCUCCCUGUGAGACUAUGUGUUGCUCACUGGACUGUGCCGCUCUAGCAGGGAGCAGACCAUGCCCCCUUCACAAUCUCCACAUUGUGUUGCAGGGAGACACAGGAAGGCAACUGACAGUUUGGGUCAGCCAAUCAGGACUGUCCUAUGCACUACUGCCAUUUGUUGCCAGGUGGACUAAGGAAGCCUGCAGAGCACGCUGAGAUGUGUACGCAGGACUCCUCUGUGGUUGCACAGCGUCCGCACUGUAUGAAAAAUUUUUUGGACGUCUGUCUGACCAUAACUUUUGUGUGACUAAUGCAAUGAAAGAAGAUUUACAAAUGAAUUAUAACAUCAAAGCCAUAACCCUCUAUGAUAAGCCAGCUGCCUUUUUUAAGGAAACACCAUUAGAACUUCAACAUAAAUUGUUCAUGAAACUUGCCAAAGACUAUGAUUCAUUUAAGGCACGAACAGAGUUUGCACAUCCAGAUGUUGAGAAGUCAGCAUUUACAGAAUUAGAUGUCAGAAAUGGAAGUUUGGCACAUGUCAAAGAACGACCAGCGCUUCUAAUAAGCAGCACAAGCUGGACAGAGGAUGAAGACUUUUCUAUUCUUUUAAAAGCCUUAGAAGAUUAUGAACAAUAUAUCAGUGAUGGAGUCAGGAUCCCAUCUAUCAUAUGUGUGAUAACAGGCAAAGGGCCUCUGAAGGAACACUACAACAGACUGAUAGAUGCAAUGCACUUUAAACACAUCCAGAUCUGUACCCCUUGGCUUGAAGCGGAGGAUUACCCUCUUCUGCUUGGCUCAGCGGAUUUGGGUGUUUGUCUUCAUAAAUCAUCUAGCAGCUUGGAUCUGCCAAUGAAAGUGGUAGACAUGUUUGGUUGUUGUUUACCUGUUUGUGCAAUCUAUUUUGAAUGUUUACAUGAACUUGUUAAACAUGAUGAAAAUGGCUUGAUAUUCAGGGAUUCAACUGAACUGGCAGAACAAUUGAAGAUGCUUUUCUCAGAAUUUCCUUCAAUUGACGGAAAACUUCAGCUGUUUAGAAGAAAUCUUCAGGAAUCUAAGCAACUGCGAUGGGAUGAGAGCUGGGACCAGACUGUACUUCCUCUUCUUAGCAGCAAUUAAUGAUUUUUCCAAAAAAUGAUAAAAUAGCUUGCUCUUCCAAUUGACACAUUCCUAAAUUGUUAUGCAUUUUAGCGACAGAAUAAAAAAUUUAUACUUCGUCUUA